AAAAAACGCCCCGACGAUAAACCUUGACGAUUGCUCCUCCCCAGCCAACCACUGAAAAAGUUCGCCGCCAUCCUGACAACUGUCAUAAUGACAGCUGUCAAACUGACAACGCAAAUGGCGCGAAGCGUCGGAUAACCGUACCAUGAGACAGUGAUACAAGAUGAACUCCCCUGUGUCAUCGCAAGACGAGCGUGACAUCGAAGUGAACGUCGUUUCCGGGGCGAGCAGUCCCGACAUCCCCUCUUCCCCUUCCAGAAAAGACCAGAAGAGUCCAUUCUAUGAGUUAAAGAAGGAUAAGGGGGAAAAAGCGACUGGCAGCGCGCCAUACACGAGUUUCUCAAUAAGUUCUAUCCUGAAUCGAGAUGAACCUAGAAGGGAGAAUGUUCUAGAAGCUGCCUUGGCCGCCAACCAGUUCGGAAAUGCCAAUGACGCUAUGCUGUCGAGGCUUGGCCUCAUCUCUCAGUGGAGCGCCCUGGCGGGCCGGUACGGAGGCCUGGUGCCUGCCCCCUGGUACUGGCAGAGGCCCCACGAGAGGACUCCUCCCAGAGAGGACUCGACAACCAACGAGGAGGGGUCCGCGGGGGGGUCGCCCCGCCCGCGCAGCCCCCCGCGCCCUCACACCCCGCCGUCGCCGUCCCGCUCCUCGCCCCGCUCCCCGCGCCUCCACCCCGCUCUCUACCCCCAACAACAGGACCCGCAAGACUCCGAUCCGGACGUCGACGAAAGCGACGACUUCGACAAAGACGAAAAACGAGACCCCAACGCUAGCUUAGGAAAAAGGAAGAAAAAAACCAGAACCGUCUUCUCGCGCUCUCAAGUUUUCCAACUGGAGUCCACGUUCGAUAUGAAGAGGUACCUCAGCAGCUCCGAGCGUGCCGGUCUGGCUGCCAGUCUGCAUUUGACAGAAACGCAGGUCAAAAUCUGGUUCCAGAACCGACGCAAUAAAUGGAAGAGACAGCUGGCGGCGGAGCUGGAAGCGGCAAAUAUGGCGCAUGCGGCCCAACGGUUGGUGCGUGUUCCAAUUUUGUAUCACGAGUCUCGACCGACCUCUAUGCCACACACACCUUUGCCGAUACAUCCUCAGUUUUCGAACGAGCCCGGCGUGUACUUCCCCCCUCAAGCGCCGCAGCAGCUGCAGCCGCUGCCGGCAUCUCCUGUUACUUCCAGAGCACCGCUUUCAAGCUUAGUGUAGUGUUCGCUUGAUCCCGCGCAACAAACUGACAGCGCGGAUGGCCAAACUUUUUAAAUUCCGAACGCUCGUGAAUCGUGUUUGUGGACGGACUAGUCAAGUGUCAAAGCCAAAAAUCGUUCGAAAGUUGUUAGGUAAUAUUGUAAUAUAAGUACCUAUAAGCAUAUAGCUAAUGUUAGUAUUUUUAUUUACUUGUAGAAAUUAACUAAUAAUCGAGAUUUUAAAUAAAUUGUAACGUACAAAAUAAUUCCAUGUUGUAAAUACAACGUUGUAUAUAAAAUAUUUUAAAAUUUCUGUAUUUAUGUAACGAUUAAAAUAAUAGUUAAUUUUGUAUAUAAUAUAAAUAUAACGGACUGAGUAUAUGCUUCUCUUGAAACCAGUUUUAUAUGACACUGAAAUGAAAUAAGUCCUUGGUAUCAAUAUAUAAUUUGAGUAUUUACGAUUAAACCAAAUUAUUUUAUUUAUAUUAACAACAAUUUGUAUGAUGCGCUGGUUAACGUUAUUGUUUUCAAAAAGUAUACAUAAUAGGUACACCUAUUAAAUUUAAUAUUUUAAGAGAUUUUCUGAAUAUUUUUUGCGAAUUAUAACUUCAAUUUACUAAUGAUACUUACUUCAAAAUGUAUUUCAAAAUGUAUUGAUGUAUUUCAAACAGACAAUUUGUUUCCAAAUUGUAUGUGUCUAAAUUAAGUAUUACGUUUUACAAUAACAGUACCUUAAAAAAUUGUUUAUCAUUUUAAAAAUAUCUUGUAAAUGUUUUAUAGAAGUAUUUGCUUAUUAUUAUACAAAACACAAAAAGCAAUCAUUUGAAAAAAUCAAUUUUACUGGAAAACAGGCUCAGAUCAUAUAUCAAAUUACAUAAAUAUGUACAUUCCAUUCUUGUUUUUUUUUCUUUAAAUAAGUUUCAAUUUUUUUUAUUUAUGUCAUUACAAAUUAUGAUAUUAAUAAAAAGUUAAACAUACUUUGAGCUAAAAUAUGUUGUGUCUUUUGUGCGAUAGCGACAAAACUUAUUUUAGUUUAAAGUAUAUAUAUACUUUAAAGUAUUUAUAAAUAACGGGGCAACACCACUCCACUUGGCCAAAACAUAAACACCCUUGACUAUAGUAUACCUACUAUAGGAUAUUUUUUGGUAUGCCAUACUGAAACAUUAUUAAUUUAAUAUCGUAGACAUAUAAUGAUUUUCAUAUGAUAUAUAAAUAACCGUGAUGUAAGUAUGUACGACAAUAGCCGUCUGUGUUUUUGUAAAUUGACAUUUCAAAAUACACCCCUUGCCUUCAUUUAUCUGUUAUCGGUGCAAAUAGCAUGCCGAUGAUGUUAUAUAAAAUAUAUAACAUCAGUUAAACAUUCAAUCAAUUCAUUCACCAUCAGUCAUUUCUUUAUUAGGUCCUUGUUAGUGCACAAUUAAUAAUUAAAAAUAAUAUACUCGAAAAAAAAAACAAAUGAGAACGCACGCCUUCGCAUAUUUAUUUAGGUUAAAUCCUAAAUAAACCUUAAAUAACAUUUAAAAUAAAUAAGUUCAAAUACAACAUUUGUUUCAAAAACAGAAUGUGUGUUCCAUUUUGGUGUUUUACUUUUAUAUUUUCGAAUAUCAUAAAAUUAAAUUUACUAAAUUUACUGUUAUUAUAAUAGUCAUGCUAUUUGAGUCGAAAAUACCUUAUUAUAAAAUAUGUCUAUAUCUAAAUAUGAUGCCAUGCUUCAGUGUCAUUUUGUAAUAUUAAUAGCUUGGAUAAUUAAAUAGUGCAUAUUUCUAAAUAUCGAUGUUAUUUAUUGAUAGGUAGUGUUGAGAUCUUCGUGAAUUGCAUUGUAAUUAUAAUGAUUAUAUUAUUGUGCUGGAAUGACGGAGGGAAUAAAAUAAAA